ACUUCAUUCAAUAUGUUCCAAGAUAAAUUAUAUGCCUAGUAGUGUAAUAACUAUGCGACGAACUAAUUAUUCAAAUAUGAACGAAUAUUUCAUACGUAAUGACAUUUAAAUACACAUACGUAAGUACAUAGUAUAUAUGUAAGUAUAUAGUAAUAUGUAGCAAUAAUGGUUUAUUAAUAAAACGUCACGUCAGCUACAGACCAAAUGGAACAGACGUAUGAAAAAAUAAGUGUAGGUAACACACCUGUACUAAUAUUAUUACAAACAAACAAAAAAAAAUAGAAAUUGUGAUGAAAAAAGUCACAGGAAAAAAAAAGCAAAAUAUUUAAAAAUACCUAUUAUUUUAUAUAUAUCUCUUUGUUAAAACGAAAAUAUUUCAAAUAUAUUUGAACAAUUGAUCAUCGGUUUAAUGAAUUCAAUUGCAUGGAAAAAAAAAACAAGCGACAAAGAAAACAAAAUUAUAAUUUAAAAAAAAAAAAAAAGAAAAGAAACAUUUUAUUCGUUAUUAUUUAUUUGAGGUUAUGUACGUCCUAAUAUAUCGUAUUUUUGCAAUAUCUUUGUGCACUUCCAAAAUUCCUUCUAUUUAAAUGCGACAAUUCGUUGCGAAAUGCUGACUUGGCGAACGAUACAAAUAACUUAAAGACCUCUUCAACGAUAGCGCAGUAUUAAAGCGAACGGAGAACAUGAUCGAUAUAAAAGAAUCAAAUAAGGAAGAUGAACUCCUGCUAUUACCAGAAGUUGGUACCAAAAAGUUCAUCGGAUUUCCCAAACUCAAUUCCGAAAGUGCGAUCAUGAAAGGAGUCGUUAAACAAUUGGAAAAGUGGCCUUCUUAUCUUUUCUUUGUCUUUUUUAUUGCAUGCGUCAUAAUGGUGAAUCUUGUCUUGCUCAUCAUUGUAUCAGUUACUCUUUCUUUACCUACGAACACAACGAAUACUGAUAAUCACCGAGAGGAAUUUAAUAAGAGAUCGAUCAACGUAUACUCAGUAAGACAAGAAGAUCGUACAUGGUCAAUGAUGGAUCUUUGCCACAUUGAAAGUGCAGCACGUGAGAACCCAGAGUUAAAUAUCCAUCUAAUAAGUUUACACAAAAAAACCGAUAAGGAAGAUUCUAUGAAAGAUUUUAUAGUGACGAGGAAAUUUGAGCCUGAAAUUAGAUCGAUUACAAAUGCGAUCGAUUUACAGAACAAAGCAACCAGAUCUUUAUGGAUAAUGCGAGAAGAUCAUUUGAGAUAUCAAAUUACUCAUAAAUACGAGAACAUUAAAAACCACGAUAUCAUCGUCGACAAUUUCUUUCAAGGAACCAAUCUCUCUAAAGUAGCUGGAAAUUUAAAUAAUAAGAUAUUGAAAAUAGCUACCGAAGCGUAUUUCAUUUGGAAUUCUUCCGGGAUCGCCCUGGAUCCUAAAUUAUAUUGCAAUCUAAAAUAUAUUUCACAAGUUAUGUGCAAAAAAGAAAAUGAAAAAUGUGUAUUCGAUGGAUUGGCCACUAUUGAUCCUCAAAAUGAUAUUCAAGCUGCUGGAGUACCCUGUCAAGCAUUUAUAGGAUAUUUUAUAAAUGACAUAUCGAAAAACGAAUCGAUUCGUAAAGAAGGAGCAUUAUUAAAGUCCAUAAAUAAGUUUUGUCCACAAAUACAUUCCUGCAACGAAAUUAGAAUAUUGAAAUACAUUAGAACGUGCUCAUUGGAAACCUUAAAAUGUCCAAUUGUUUAUCGUCGUGGAUUUUUACUAAGUGCAUUGAGUUACAGCUACAUGUUACCCCAUUUAUGAUAAAAGAGUAUUAUAAUGAGUAUCACAAAUAAAUAUAUUCUUUAUAAGAAAAUUACAGAUAAUAUAUAAUACGUUAAAUGAAAAAAGAAAGUAAAAUAAAAAAUAUAC